CUGAAAAUCCGGAUGUUGCUAUGUUGCUACAUUUCAGCCAACUUCCGCUAUCCACAUUUGGCAAAAUGACUCGUCUGUCACCGUUUAAAAUUGCUCUUAUUUUCAUGGUUUUGUUCGUCGUAUGCGCAGAUUUUGUUUGCUGUAAUAACGGCCGAAGGGUUGGUGAUCCGUUGGAGACUGAGCUGAGUGGUUUCUCUGUGCCUCUUGAGCACUCAUUUGAACUCGAUGAUGUAGCAAAGUUUGAGUCUCGUGGAUCGUUGCUGUUGAAAACGGGUCGGGAGCCGAGCGUCUCUCUGACUCAGAACCAGCUGUCAGAGGAGGACAGAGCCAAACUGAAGGAAGUGGCUGCAGUCGAUGGUCUCUACAGAAUCAGAGUGCCUCGAGUUUUCCUGCAAGCAGACAGACAGACGGAGUGGCAGAUGGAAGGUCAUCUCACAGCAUUUGUCAGAGCUUGUGCGAUGGUUGAGUCCCAUCUAAGCGACGUGAUCACGCUUCACAGUGACGUUUCUGGAUACCUCAUUGGUGUCUCCAUUGUGACUUUACCUGGAGCCUGCAGAGGCACCGAGGUCGAGGACGAAGUUGAUCUUGAGGUUUUCAACACCACUCUGAGCAUCAUUGCUCCUGUAAACGCACCAGGACCAGAGACGGCUCUGUUCCUGGAACGGAUGGAGCUAGAAUCUGAGAAGAAAGGGAAGAAUACGCAAGAGCAGAAGUCGUUCUUUGCCAAAUACUGGUAUUUGAUACUGGGAGGUGCCAUCUUCCUCAUGCUCACCAAUUCGGCACAGCCCCCAGCAGGGGGCGGCAGAGAGCAGAGCUGAUUCCCACUGAAUGGAUGUACAUCGUGCCUCUCGUUCUUUUCCUGAUGAUGUCUGGUGCCCAGGACCAAUCAGGAGGCGGCGCUGGCGGUGGUGCAGCCAACGGAGGAGGUCGAUGAUCAACAGUGGUGUUUAUUUUUUUUCCUGGUAACGCUCACCAAACAAUAAUGCUCAGAUUUGACCUGCUGUACAUAAUCCUAUUUAAGGAAGAUAAAUAUUUGUUGUGCAUCUUAAACCUGUACAGUAAAAAGGAGACAUUGUGACCCGCAGACGACUGCACUUUUAUUACUAAUGUGAGAAAUAAAGUAUUUAUUACUUUA